ACAUAUUUCACUUCCUUUGUUACCUCUCUCUCUCUCUCUCCUGUCUCUCUUGUGCUCUUUACUUUCUCUGCUGCCCUCUCCGGACUCUCUGAGUCUGCGAGCGUUCGUUCCGACAAACUUCAGAGACUCUUGGGUUUCUCAGAUCCGCUCUUCCAUAAGAUGAGUAGCUUGGUUGAGAGGCUUCGUGCCCGAUCAGAUCGAAGACCAGUUUAUAAUCUUGAUGACUCGGAUGAUGAUGGAGAUUUUGUGUCUGGAAAGCCCAGAUCGGGGCUAGAUAAGAUAGAGAAGAUUGUGAGGGAUGAUGCGAAGGAAAAUGCAUGUCAAGCCUGUGGAGAAGAAAAUGGAACCCUUUUGAGCUGUGAGACGUGUAACUACUCUUUCCAUCCAAAAUGUUUACUUCCGCCACUAAAAGCUCCUUUCCCUAGCAACUGGAGAUGCCCAGAAUGUGUUAGCCCCUUGAACGAUAUUGAGAAGAUAUUAGAUUGUGAGAUGCGCCCUACUGCUGCAGAUGACAGUGAUGCAUCUAAGUUGGGCUCAAAGCAAAUCUUUGUUAAACAAUACCUUGUCAAGUGGAAAGGAUUAUCGUAUCUCCACUGCACCUGGGUGCCUGAAAAGGAGUUUGUGAAAGCCUUCAAGUCAAAUCCGCGCUUGAAGACAAAAGUAAACAACUUCCAUAAACAAAUGGGAUCAAACAACAACUCUGAAGAGGAUUAUGUUGCCAUACGACCCGAAUGGACUACAGUUGAUCGGAUAAUUGCCAGCAGGAGAUACGAUGAUGAGAAGGAAUACUUUGUAAAGUGGAAGGAACUUUCAUAUGAUGAAUGUUACUGGGAAUAUGAGUCAGAUAUUUCUGCAUUUCAGCCAGAAAUCGAGAGAUUCCAUGCUAUUCAGUCUAGGUCUCACAGACAACCUGUUGCGAAACAGAAGAGCAGUCUUAAAGAUUCUACUGAUUAUAAGAAGAAACAGAAGGAAUUCUACCACUAUGAGCAGAGCCCUGAAUUCCUACCAGGAGGCUCAUUGCAUCCUUAUCAGCUGGAAGGGCUGAAUUUUUUACGGUUCUCCUGGUCUAAGCAGACGCAUGUGAUACUUGCUGAUGAGAUGGGACUUGGCAAAACUAUACAGAGUAUAGCUUUUCUAGCAUCACUUUUUGAAGAGAGUCUCUAUCCACAUUUAGUUGUAGCUCCCCUUUCAACGCUGCGGAACUGGGAGCGCGAAUUCGCAACGUGGGCCCCUCAUAUGAAUGUGGUUAUGUAUGUUGGAUCUGCCAAUGCUCGUACUAUCAUAAGAGAGCACGAAUUUUACUACCCUAAAUCCAAGAACAUCAAGAAGAAAAAAUCAGGCCAGAGUUAUAGUGAAAGCAAGCAAGAGAGGAUCAAAUUUGAUGUCCUUCUAACAUCGUAUGAGAUGAUUAAUUUGGACACAGCUUCACUAAAACCAAUAGAGUGGGAAUGCAUGAUUGUGGAUGAAGGUCAUAGAUUGAAAAACAAGGAUUCCAAAUUAUUUUCAUCGCUGAAGCAGUACUCAAGCAGACAUAGAGUGCUGUUGACUGGAACUCCUCUGCAGAACAAUCUAGAUGAGCUCUUCAUGCUUAUGCAUUUUCUUGAUGCUGGCAAGUUUGGAAGUUUAGAAGAGUUUCAGGAGGAAUUUAGGGAUAUUAAUCAAGAGGAGCAGAUCUCAAGACUUCAUAAGAUGCUCGCCCCACAUCUUCUAAGGAGGGUAAAGAAAGAUGUUAUGAAGGAGCUCCCUCCUAAGAAAGAACUCAUUUUACGUGUGGACUUAAGCAGCAAACAGAAAGAAUACUACAAAGCUAUUCUUACUCGUAACUAUCAACUGCUAACACGCCGCGGUGGUGCUCAGAUAUCUCUUAUCAAUGUGGUCAUGGAAUUGCGGAAGCUCUGCUGCCACCCUUACAUGCUUGAAGGGGUUGAGCCUGAGAUAGAAGAUCCAAGUGAAUCCUUAAAACAACUCUUGGAGACAUCGGGGAAAAUGCAAUUGUUGGACAAAAUGAUGGUGAAGCUCAAAGCCCAAGGGCACAGGGUUCUCUUAUACUCGCAAUUUCAGCACAUGCUUGACCUACUGGAGGACUACUGCUCUCACAAGAGAUGGUCAUAUGAAAGGAUAGAUGGUAAGGUGGGUGGAGCAGAGAGACAAAUACGGAUUGACCGGUUUAAUGCGAAGAACUCCUCAAGGUUCUGUUUUCUUCUUUCUACGAGGGCUGGAGGUUUGGGGAUAAACCUUGCCACUGCCGAUACUGUGAUUAUAUAUGACAGUGAUUGGAAUCCUCAUGCCGAUCUCCAAGCAAUGGCCCGGGCCCAUCGUCUUGGCCAAACUAACAAGGUGAUGAUCUAUAGAUUGAUAACAAGAGGAACAAUUGAAGAGCGGAUGAUGCAAAUGACGAAGAAAAAGAUGGUAUUGGAGCAUCUCGUCGUUGGCAGGCUAAAGGCGCAGAACAUUAAUCAGGAAGAAUUAGAUGAUAUUAUAAGAUACGGGUCGAAGGAGCUAUUUGCUGAUGAAAAUGAUGAAGCUGGAAAGUCCCGUCAAAUACACUACGAUGAGGCUGCGAUAGAUCGACUACUUGACCGGGACCAAAUAGACCCUGAAGAAACAACAGUUGAUGAUGAGGAGGAUGAGAGUUUUUUGAAGGCUUUCAAGGUGGCUAAUUUUGAAUAUAUUGACGAAGCUGAGGCCGCAGCUGAAGAAGAAGCACAGAAGGCAGCUGAGGAGAGCAAAUCUACCCCGGUCAAUACAGAUAAAUCAAGUUAUUGGGAAGAGUUGUUGAAAGAUAGAUACGAAGAGCAUAAAACUGAAGAGUUUAAUGCCCUGGGUAAAGGAAAGAGGAGCCGAAAACAGAUGGUCUCUGUCGAAGAUGAUGACCUCGCUGGCCUCGAAGAUGUGAGUUCAGACAAUGAGGACGAUAACUAUGAGGCCGAGUUAUCUGAUGGUGAAGCUGCUGCGCCUGGUCCUCAACCUGGAAAGAGGCCUUACAGGAAGAGAGCUCGAGUUGAAAGUGGAGAGCCGCACCCUCUAAUGGAAGGCGAAGGACGAUCCUUCCGAGUACUGGGCUUCAAUCAGAAUCAGAGGGCAGCCUUCGUACAAAUUCUGAUGAGAUUUGGGGUUGGGGAUUAUGACUGGAAGGAGUUUGUUCCUCGCCUAAAGCAGAAGACCUAUGAAGAAAUAAGAAAUUAUGGGGUACUCUUCUUGACCCACAUCUCUGAGGAUUUGACCGACUCCCCAAACUUCUCAGAUGGUGUGCCAAAAGAAGGCCUCAGAAUCCAGGAUGUUCUCGUCCGAAUUGCAACCCUAAUGCUGAUUAGGGAUAAAGUGAAGUGGGCAGCAGAGAAUACCCGGGUCCCACUUUUCACUGAGGACAUAGUGUUCCGCUACCCGGGACUGAAGGGUGGCAGAUUCUGGAAGGAGGAACACGACAGAAUGUUGCUCCGUGCUGUGCUAAAACAUGGGUAUGGGAGAUGGCAAGCGAUAGUGGAUGACAAGGAGCUGAGGUUCCAAGAGCUCAUCUGCCAAGAGCUGAACCUCCCCGUCAUAAAUCUGCCUAUCCAGGGGCAGUCGAGCUCUCAGGGGCAAAAUGGUCCCAGCACGAGCAACGCCGAACCAUCUGGAACCCCGUCAACGGGAAAUGGGAGUGGGAGCAAUUCGGUCGCCCCUGUCGAUGGGGCACCUGGUUCAUCUGAAGCUGCUGCCAACCCCGGGCAGCAAGUGUAUCAUGACUCUGCAGUUCUAUAUCAUUACAGGGAUAUGCAGAGAAGGCAGGUGGAGUUCAUCAAGAAGAGGGUGCUUCUGCUUGAGAAAGGGCUCAAUGCAGAGUACCAGAAAGUGUACUUUGGGGAAGCAAGACCCAAUGAGGUGGGAGCGGAGGAACCUGAGAAUGAACAGAAGUUCACGGAAGAGCCAGCUCCAGGUCCUGCUGAAAUGGAAACGCUGGUGGCAGAACUGCCGCAAAUAGAACCAAUUGCUCCUGAAGAAAUCAGAGCUGCAUCUUGUGACGACGACCCUGAUCGGGGAGAGCUGGCACGGCUCUACAAUUCGAUGUGCAGGGUCGUAGAGGAAAACGCACAGGAGUCAGUGCAGGCAGCAGUCAUCAAUGCUCCUCCAAGCCACAAGCUGCGGAAGAACCUCCUUCCCCUAGAGCACGUAUUCGAGGAUGUGAAUCGCAUCCUCACCCCUACCAAGAGGGACCCACCCACUGGUCCCUCAGCAGCUGGAGGACCUGCUGAUGCAGCCACCACUGAGCCUCCAACUGCAGCAGGAGUUGGCGAGAGUGAUGGGCAUGGAGUGAAGGAGGAAGAAGGAGCCGCCCCCAAUGGCACCUCCGAGAAGUCGGAGAGAGUCAUUGUCUUGGACGAUUGAUGACUGAAGAGACGCCAUAGGCUCGAGGAUGCAACAUUCUCGGAGUAGUUACAGUACUAGUCAAUCGUCCUCAAUUGUAAUACUCAUUAUAGGAACAUCAGGUUAGAUCAUAGGAAAUGAGUAUACAGCAAUGAGCAAAACUAGAGAUAGUGCUAACUUGAAAGCUGCAGAAAUUCAAUGAAAGAUAAGAUGGUUUCUUUUGGUCUCA